GACUCGCCCCGCGGCAACCUUGCGCGAGAGAAUCCCGGGCAGGCUCUCUGCAAAGCGGGGUCGAAUGCAGGAUCCUGGUGAGGAUGGCGCGGACCGCUGGCUUCAAGGCGGGUCCGGUCCUCCUGGAGCUGCUGCUUCUUCUCUGGUUGUGCGAGACGCUAGUCGACUCUUACUCUCUCAGCUAUAACUUCACCGUCAAUCCUAAGGCCAAACUAGGGCACCCAUGGUGUGAGGUCCAAGGACAGAUCCAUGGAAACGUGUUUCUUCAUUAUCAAUGUGGUAGCAGGAAAGCCAAGCUCUUUGGUCCUCUGAAGAUGAAGGUGAACAGCACCAAGACCUGGGAGAGACAAAUGGAAACUCUGAACUACCUGAUGGAGGAGCUGAAAAAGAAAUUGCUUGACGUUAAAGCAGGAAUUUUCACAAAGAAUGCCCUUCCCACCCUGCAGGGCAGGAUGAUGUGUCCCUGGAAAGAGGAUGGGCGCUCCGGUGGAUCCUGGUGGUUUGGCUUCAGUGGACAGAUCUGCCUCCUCUUUGAUGCGAAGAGUGGAAACUGGACCGUGCUUCGUUCUGGAGGCGGAGUGUUGAAAGAGACACUGGGCAGUGACAGAGAGAUGACUGGCUUGCUCACCAGGAUUCCUAAUGGAGACUGUAAGAGCUGGCUCGGGCAAGUCUUGGAGAUCUGGAAGAAAACGCUGGAGAUGACAGCACCACCAAGCACGGACCCAGGCACCCCCCGCUCCCCGGCCACAGCCCUUACCCCCGGCUCCUGGAUCCUCGGCAUCGUCCUGGCUUCUUCAGUCUCCCUUCGAAUUCUUGGGCAAGUCCUUUAGAGGAGCAGGUACCGAGGGCCAUGUUGAGAGGGAAGCUCGAGUCAGGGCGCGUCGUGUGACAGCGGGAAAGUGAAGGCCCCGCUGCCCCCUGAGCCAUCACCUGACCUUCUCAUCCCAGAAGUGAGACCAAGCGUCUAAGAUGGGGGUGGAGGCUCCUCCUGAGAACUGGAAUCAUGAGAACAUAGAGGGAUGAAGGUAGCUCUGGACAAGUACUGGGGGGGACUGGUUUCCAUGGUUACAGAGGCUGAGAUGUCGCAAGCUGCUGGCCGCAAGCUGGCAGCCUGGGAAAGCCAGAGAUGUGUUUCCAGUCCAGACCCGAAGGCCUGGGCUCGAGGGGAGGCGAUGGUGUCUGUCCCGGUCCAAACCUGAAGACCUGAGAGUCAGCGUGCGGGGGUCGAGGCCUGGGCAGAGAGCGAGUAUGUGGAUGCGCUGCCCUCCGCCCGCUCGCCCCUCACCGCCCCUGCAGAGAAGCACAGCAGCCUGGCCCCAUCCACACACAACGCGCCUUCUGUAACCACGGAGGCCAGCGAGCGGGGCUUGUGUCUGUGCAGAAACUCUGUGAGGAUCAAAUUAGAAAGAAAGAGCUCAGUAUACUCGGAAGCAAUAUACUAGCAUUAGUUCAGAUUGGAUGGUGGAUAUGUUGUAGUUAAUAGUGGUUGUUAAUGAUUUAUGAUGACGUACUUAUCACAAGGUUCACUGACACCUCUCAGGGCCAUUUUCACCCCAAGUGAAAGGUUUUUCUCAGAACCAGUCUGACCUCGGCUUUCCCAGGCCAAACAAGUCCUUUUGCUGCUUCAAAAGCACUAAGGAUGCUACAGGUGUGUGGGGUUGGAUCCACUGUGGGCAGAGGAACCAGCGCCCCGCAAUGGCACACUCCACACACCUGCCCCAGGGUCAGGAAGCAGUCGCCUUCCUUCCCCACCUCCAGGCCACUCAGAGAUCCUGCCCCCAUCACUCUGCAGUUCCUCGCAUGCAAGGAAGUAAGAUUGGCCCCAUUAUUUCCCCUAGGUUUCUUUUCUGAGAUGUUUCACCUCUGGUGUCUGCCACUCUGCAGGGCCCUCCAUCUCAGCUCUGGAGGGCGGCAAAGCACUGCCAGAGAUGCUGGCUGUCCUCCCAUUAUCUGAUGGCCACUCUUUCUUGAUAAUACAACUCAGGUGUGGGGACAGGACACUGGACUUGGCGUUAUUGCAAUGCCCCCCCCCCCGCCAGCCAUUUUCCCUGCAGAUCAGUAUAGCUGUUGAACGAGGCUCUCAUCAAAGGCCUGACAAAGGAAUCACUGGGAGGAAGCUUCUUAAGGGACAUCUGGUGUAAGCCCUUUCCCCCUUCCUUACUCUCCUUCCAGAUCCUGAAAUAAAGACCUGAUGGCAGAGUUCCCCCUGUGGCACAGUGGGUUAAGGGUCUAGCUGUGGUAUAGGCUGCAGAGGCAGCUCAGAUUCAAUCCCUGGGCUGGGAAUGUUCAUAUACCAAGGGUGCAGCCAAAAAAGAAAAAAGAAAAAGAGAAAAUGUCUUGAGCUCACAAAACCACCAAACUCUUCCAGAAGUUCUAUGGGUUAAGAACCAGACACAGUGUCCAUGAGUGUGCAGGUUCAAUCCCUGCCCUG